UCCAAGCCGCCCCUCAAGUUGCGGAGAGAAAUGCUCUAGGCUGCCUGUCCCCGGAAGUGAUGCUCGAAGGGCCCUCCCCUGAGGAAGUGACGGCAGGAGUGCCCUUGACUGGCGGGGAGGGCCGCGCUGUGCAUCCCUCCGCUCGCGCUGCAGGGAGAUGGCUCAGCGGCUUCUCCUGAGGAGGUUCCUGGCCUCCCUCAUCUCCAGGAAGCCCCCUCAGGGUUGGUGGGGACCCCUCACCUGCAGGGCCCCACAGUGCAGUCCUGGUGAUCUGACAGUAACACCCAACCAAGCCCGGUCAAUAUACACCACCAGAGUGUGCACCACGACCUUUAACAUCCAGGAUGGACCUGACUUUCAAGACCGAGUUGUCAACAGUGAAACACCAGUGGUUGUGGAUUUCCAUGCACAGUGGUGUGGCCCGUGCAAGAUCCUGGGGCCAAGGUUAGAGAAGGCGGUGGCCAAGCAGCACGGAAAAGUGGUGAUGGCCAAGGUGGAUAUUGACGACCACACAGACCUCGCCCUAGAAUAUGAGCACUCUCAGGAGUUCAGAGCACUUUCCAGAGGUGACUCUGUUGAGCCUCUGAGCCCGUUGUGUCUCUUCACCACCUUCAGGAAGUGGAAUGUAUGAUCUGAAACACCAGCUUAUUCUCUGAGUCUUGGGACACGGAUGCGUUUCUUCGUUCAUCUAUUCAUCCAUGCACAUACUCAAUCAGCAGUCACGCAGGAGCCCUGCCAUGUGCCGGGCAUUCGUGAUUCUGGCACAAGGAAGACACACUCCUUGUGUCCAGCACUCUUAGUCUAGCAAAAGAACAACAGGUAGACAGAUCAUUUCACCCUAUGGUGAGAAGUGCCGAGAGCAGAGGUGCACAAUGGAAGAAGAGAAUGAUGGGGCAGGGGUUGGGAUGAGGGAGGGAAUGCUUCCCACUAGGGGGACCCCUGAGUGGGGCGGUGGAGAAUGCAUGGAGAAGGGAGAAGAAGGGCCAAGCACACAGCACACACUGAGACAGGAGGGAGUCUAAUGUGUUCCUUCGUGCGUGUGUUCAGUCUCUUAAAUGCCGGGUGCUGUUUCUUGGUUGUGGAUAAGGCAGUAGACAAAGCUGACACAAUCCCUGCCUUUGCGGAGCCUACAUUCUAGGUGGUUUGGUUUUUUUUAAGAUUUUAUUUAUUUAUUUGUCAGAGAGCACAAGCAGGGGCAGUGGCAGGCAGAGGGAGAAGCAGGCUCCCCGCUGAGCAAGGAGCCCGAUGUGGGGCUUGAUCCCAGGACCCUGGGAUCACGACCUGAGCCGAAGGCAGAUGCUUCACCGACUGAGCCACCCAGGCGGCCCUCCCUCUAGUAUAUUUGAUGCGUGGUCAGCACACUUUUUCUCUAGAGGACCAGAUGGAACAUACUUGAGGUUUUAUAGAACAUUGGUCUCUAUUGCAAAUACUCAACUGCCAUUGAAAGCAGCCAGAGACAGUAUAUAAACAAAUGGACAUAGUUGUGUGCCAGUAAAACUUUAUUCACACAAAUAGGCAGCAAUCUGGGUUUGGCCCAUGGGUCAUGGUUCACUGAUAUUAAGUACUGUAGAUAUUAAGUACUGUGGGAAAAAAUAAAUCA